GGGGCCUGCAGUCGCCACCCAGGGACUGAACCGUUUGCAGAACAGAAAGAUCCGUCCGAUUUCAGAUUCUUCUGUAAAUCUAGGAGAAUUUUCAAGUUUGUAGAGAGUUCUGUCUUGUCUGUUCAUGGCUCCAGUCACUGAUUUAAGGGACUGGUUGAGUUGUGAUUUGGAUUGUUAAUGAAAAGGAGACCGCAACGUCCUAUACAAGGCAGAUCUGUACAAGACUGUAACUGCACUGGAACAGCAAGGCCAUUCUUGUAGUUUUUAGAACUGGAUGAAAGGUUCAGCAAUGUUACACACAGAAAAAGAUUUAACUGAACUUCUUAUCUGUAAAGAACAAGAACUGAAAGAGCUACAAGCUUGUCAGAUCCAUUUUCAGAAGACAACUCUGCAAGAAACCCAAAAACAACUUCAAGAAAUGCAAAGGAAAUUCAACAGAUUAAAGGACGAUUUCACCUAUAACCUUAAAGUCCUGCAAGAGAGAGAUAGAGAACUGGAACACUAUGACUCCUUGUUCACCCAGUUGAAAGUAGUUGAAAAUGCUAAGGAGGCAGAAAUUAGUGACCUUAGAAUUCAGGUGGAUAAGCUGCAACAGGCAGUUACUCAGGAAACCAAAAAACAAGAAGCUCUACAGUAUCAGUAUCAACAAAAGCUUAAAGAACACCAAUUAGAUUUGCAGCGGCUUCACAGCUCUAAGGACUCUGAUAUCGAUCAUCAUCGUGAAGAAUAUAAGAAUAUGAAACGACAACUAGAAAGAAAACUUCAGGAAGUAGAAGGUGAACUUGCAUUGCAAAGACAGGAACUUCUGGUGGAAUUUGAUACAGAAAUGAAAAAAAGAGAACAUGAAUUUCAACAGAAAGCAGAUGAAAUGAGCAAUUUAGUUCUGUCUCAUGAGCUUAAGGUUAAAUUGUUGACCAAGGAAUUGGAAGCUUUGAAAGAUGCUGGGAUGAAAGCAGCAGAAUCAAUGAAAGCGGCAGAAGCAGCUAAUUUAGAGCUGGAGAAAGAAGUCAAAUGCAAGAACUGGGAAAUUAAGGAUCUUGUGGCUGUAAAAGAUGCUCAGAUACGAGAUUUAGAAAGGAAGCUUGAUUCAGUGCACCUGAGCUGGAAAAAAGAAAAAGAACUGUUUGAGAGAAAACAUGCAGCAAUAGAUCAUUUGGCCAGGGAAAAGGAUGCAAAACUCAGUUCAGUGAAAGAGGCCCAUGCUGAACAAAUGCAUAAAUGGGAGAAUCAAAUCCGAGAAUUGCAGAUAAACAAAGAAACUUUAGAAAUGGAACUACAUCAGGCUGAAUGGAGGUAUACAGACAGCUUGAGAGAGAAAGAGGCUGCCGUUGAAAAACUUGAACAAGAGCUAGAGGCACUAAAAUCAAGCUGUGAUUCUCAAGUAGCUCAGGUCUCCAGGGAGAUAAUUUCAAAAGACCUUCAGAUUCAAGGACUACAAGAAGAAGAGGUGAAACUGAGAGCACAACAGGCUAGCUUGCUACAAGAUAUUGAAAGGUAUAAACAACAGCUUUUACUAGCAUCAGAGAGAGAAGAGGCUCUGGAAAGAGCUAAAGUACAAAUAGAACUGGACUGGCGGAGGCAUUGUGAGAAUGCUGAAAGAAAUCAAUACCAGAAAUCAGAGGCUCUAAUACAGAGCCUGUCAACAGCUAGGGACCAGGUUACUGCUGAGCUGCAAAAGAAAGAACAGAAGUUGUGUGAAGUGGAAAUGGUCCUGUCUGCUGCAACCCUUGAGAGAGACCAAGCUAUUGAGGUGCUUCAAAAGCAUGGUCUCUUGCCGGAAGGAAUAAAACAGGUUACCCUGCCGGAAAAUGUAGGAGACUGUAAAGUAGGUUUUCUGUCUCCUGAGGUUCAAAGGUUGCAGGAACAGAAUGAUAACUUGCGGGCUGUGAUUGCAGAAAUGAGGAGAGAAAUGGAGACCCUUAAUGUUCAAGAAUCUUCUUCAGACCACACCAAAAUGAAAACAGAGGAUACAUCUAGGUCUGCUGAUACUACUGCAGUUUCAUUCACUCCUGGUACAUUACAUCCAGAUGAAAUUGCUGGAGCUUCUUUGAAAAAGCAGGAAGCCAGAGCUCUACAUGUGGAUUUGACAGGAACACAGGUGAAGGCAGUGACUAGAAGACUAAAGGAUGAUUCUGUACAUCUCAAACCAUCGUUUUUCGGCAUGGAGGCAGGCGAUGGGCCCCACCAACAUACAGGAAACUAUGCUCAAGGAAUGCAGAGGAAACUGAAGGAAGCUGUGAAAAAGAUCUCUAAUCUGAGUAGAGAAAAGCAACAACUACUUGAGAUGGUAAACAGACUGAGAGCAGAAAUUGGAGCAAUAUCAAAGGAAGGAUCUGAAGAUUCCAAGAGCUCAAAACAGACUCAAGGACAUAUUUUCCUUGGUGCCCUCCAUCCGAGACAACUUGCCAGAGAGACUAAACACCGCCUUUUAGCUUUAGAACAUUUGCAGUACCAACUUACAAUGCAGGAGUUACAGUAUGCACAGCGAAAACAUAACUCAGGAAAAUGUCUUGUUGAGAAAUUUAAUGAUAAAAAUGUCCCAGGCAGCAGUAACUGUAGCGAUGGAGCAGAACUCCCAGUGAAACAGGUUCAGUCAGAAUCAUUUGUCAGAAAUGACACUGCGGGACUUAAAAAGAAUGAAAUCUUAGUACCCCAUCAGGAUCAUCAGCUUAGAAAAGGAAGUCCCAACCCAUCCCAGCAAGGCCAGUUGUCAUCAACUGGUACACAAAGUUCCCUGCAGGAUGUUUGGCAGAUUCUAGAGAUGGGAUCAAGCCCUUCUAUUCUCAGUCCACAAAGCAACAACGACCAAGAGGAAUGCCAGGAUUACUGUGGAACUGAAAAACCUGAAGACUUUGAGGGAAAAGCCAGCACUUACUGUCUAGAGGGAGCACCAGCUGAUGCCUUGACUGUCACAGGAAACAAGUUUAAUGUCCAGCCAAAACUAAAACCAAAGAAGUCAUCUUAUAACCAACCACAAAAGCUUCGUACUUCUCAGCAGACAACUAAAAUUCGAAAUUACAAUAUAAAGGAUUAAGCUUGUCAUCUGACAUAAAAGGAGGUUCGUUAAUCAAGAUACUGAGUGGAAAUAUUGGACCACUUCACUGGGAUAUGAAAUUGCAUGUUAGACUACUUUUUUCUCUACAACUUGAGCUGGUAAAGACAGAGUUGCAUCGAAAGAUGCCCUUUCACCCAUGGAAAGUGUUUUCCAAUUUUUUUUUUUAAGGGAUUCCCCCCCCCCCCCACAAUCCUAGGAAACUUCCCCAGGGUCAGAAAGCAUGGUUGGGGGAGGAAAAAUAAAGAAAAGUUCUGACAUCUUUGCAUCACUGGAUCUAACCCUGUAUUUUCCAAUAUGCCACGGUUCUGUACCCAUCUCCAUCCCUACAGCUUCUCUUCUCUCCAAAGAUGUAAUGGGCUUUUAGUUGGUUUGUUCACUCCUUAACAGCUUGUUCAGUCACGUGACUACUUAAGGUUUGCAAUGUCUGCAAGGAAAUUUGGGGGUGGGAGUGGGAAGAAUCAGAGAUAAAUACGGAGCCCGUAUGUGGAACUAUGUCAUAAGAAAUAGCUCAGAGAGAUGCCUUGGCAGGGACGAGGAGUGGAUGUUUCUCUAUUGAGUACUGUCUGCUGACAUAGAUAUGCACCUACUGAUGAGUUUCCACAUGCUAAACAUUCCAUGAAAUUAGUUGUGGUUUGUUUCAGAUCAUUUCCUUCUCAGUGCUUGCUUAAAAAUGUUCUGCCACCAUACCAUACUGUAUGUUUCCCUGAAUGUCCUAGCUGUUCUUCACUAUGAUACUUUGCUCAAUGAAUGUCCUAGCAGUUAAUUAAAUUGUACUGUCACUUGCACUGUUGUAAUCUGCCUUGGAUCACAGUGAGAAAGGCAGACUAUAAAACAAACAAACAAACAAACAAACAUAUGCAUUAAUAGCUUCCAAGGAUGUCCAUAGGCAGAAACUAUGUUGCUAACAGCAGGGAGGAAGGAAUAGCUUAUGACCUCAGAUGAUAUAGUUUGGACCUACGGGACCAACUGUUGUUCAACAUAGAUACACAGCCUCGUAUACCAUUUGGGCUGAUUCCUGGAGAUCUUUCAUAGUCUGGGCAGAGGAGUUCUCAUUCUAAUCUGCUCCAGCAAGCCUUAGUUGCAGCAAGUCUAGGAAGCUACGGAUCCAGUGGCCAAACUCUAUAUGGGCUAUGUGUAUAUGAGGGCCUCUUCCAGCCUUCUCUGGUAGGUGACCUCAUCCAGGGUCAGAACCUGGGAUUUCAUGUGUGUUAAACCUGUGCUGCCAUCACAGGGUUAGGAUUUUCUCAAUUCUUUCUUCGGUUCUGGUGUAUGUGACUGCUUGCAUCACCAGGGCUAUGAAGGAUUCCAGAUGACCCGAGACAUGCUCUUCUUUAGUAUGCCCUGAUGACUGUGUGCUUACAGAAUUGCUGCAGGGUGUGGGUUCUAGUCUUGCUUCCUUCCACUGUUGUGCUGCUGACAUGAAUGAUUGUUGCUGGUUAAAAGAUGAGAUUUUUCUUACUCUGGCUUUUUUUCUUGUGGUAUUACAAUGUUCUUUGUUUAAAACAAUUUUUUUUCUGUAAUGCCUCCACUUGGAAUGUAUAGUAUACUAAGAAUUAGACUGCCUGGACAGAGAUACCUGCAGAAGUGUUUUAACAGGCUAAGCAAGAUAUACUGAACUAUACCUGAAGCACACACAAUAGCAGUAAUUUAUCCAGUCUUAAUGGCUACUAUUGCAAGUAAAUCAGAAGUCAACUGAGCCAGCAUUUGCACACUUGCCGUUCACAAACCCUACUGCUGAUGCAAAGUAACACAGGAAUGCAAGAGCCAUUCCGACUGUCUUCAUAUUCUUCCAUUAGGGAUCGCUGAUGGCCAAGUUUCUCUCCCUUGAUAAAAGUUCUUCACAUAGUACAAUGGAGGAAGGGACCUCAUGCUUGGGAUAGUAAUUGUAAAUUCAGCACAGGGAAAGAACUUACGUCUUCCCACUAGAAAAUGUAGCAAUUCAUAACACUAGGAUGUAAUUUUUUUAAUUGCUUCAUAUGAUCUUCUUUCACCAAUACUCUAAAG